CUAUUGUUUUUGUGUGUUUCCUUUUCUUUUGUAUCCUACAUCUCCCCAUUCUUCUUCUCUCUCUUUCAGUCUUUCUAACUCACCGGUUCUCUCUCUCUAAAAAAAAUCAGGAUAUCUCUCUGCCUCCUCCCUCCGGCCCUUGCUAAGAUCUGGCGUCUCUUUGCCUUCGACCACCCUCAUCUCUCUAUUCAAUUUCUCUCUCUCACUACCCCCCACACCUUGCUCUCUCUCACUUCUCUCGGUCGUCCGGCGAGAAAUCGCCGUCACCGCCGCUGCCCGCCUUCUCCGGUUGCGCGUAGCCACGCCCCGAUUCGGAGCCUCCGACCCAGCGCUGCAAGCAGCUAGCCUUCUCGGUCGCCCGCCCCGCCUCCUUCGGCCUCGGCGCCUCCGUUCGCUGACUCUCAAGUAGCAGCAGUUUCCAACGCCCAAUUUCCGGUAUUGCAGUGUUUUAACUUUUUUGGAAACCUCUCGUCUUUCCAUCAUUAGUUGCUCCAAGAAAGCGAAGAAAACAGGGGACACAGGAUGAGUGAGAUGGAUGACAUUUCCAAGUCAGGAAGGGUAGUCUUCGUGACUGUUGGAACGACUAGUUUUGAUGCCUUGGUUAGAGCUGUAGACAGUCAGGAGGUCAAGGAAGCUCUGUUUAGAAAGGGCUAUACCGACCUUGUCAUUCAAAUGGGCCGAGGGUCUUACAUCCCAUCUAAGGUAAUGUGACGCUUGUUCCUCUGAUUAACUUGGUGAAUGGAAACAUGAUCAUUUGAAUUGAGUUUAUUGCAUCAAAUUCGGUUUUGAGAGCAACCAAGCAAUGUGUAGUUGGUGGAGUGAAAAGAGAAGCAUAAUUGAAAAUGAGCUCUGGAAUAGUGUCCAUAUUUUACCUGGGUUGUCCUUGCAUUACUGUGAAAUUAUUACCUUAUGCUUGGUUUGUGGUUGGGAGGAGCGUUCUCAUCCUCCUUUCGGGCUGCAAAUCACCUUUGAGCCAGUUUGUCUAUUAUGCGUUCCUCUCACCUCUCCUGUUCCUAUGCAUGUGAGCUUAUCUUUAAAUUUUUCUGGAAAUUUUUGUUCAUGGCCUCAUGGAAUUUAUGCUUUUGUUAUCCGGUUCCUUUGUGCUUCCCUAAGUCAACGUAGAAACUUUAACUGAGUGUCUAAAACCAAAGUUGGGUUUAACCUAGCUUAUCCUGUAGAACAAUCUCUUAAAUUAUUUUUUGUUGCAAGAUUCAAUAAUGUUGGAAUAAUGCUUCUGCUACCACAUCUAGAAAAAGGAUAUGUUCACUUAGUUAAGACAGAUUCCUCUGGUGUCUAUCUUGUCCAAUUAUUCUAAACCUGGCAUGCUGUCAUUUCUAAUCUUAAUGCAAUGACAACAAAUUUCAGUCUACUGGAGAAGAUGGGUCCCUAUCUGUAGAUUAUUUCACAUUUUCGUCAAGCAUAGCUGAGUAUUUGAAGUUGGCAUCUCUUGUAAUCAGUCAUGCAGGUAAUCUUUGUUUCUUUAUAUAAAAUUCCCAAAUGUUAUAACUUGUUUUUCUCUCAAUUUGUAUCCUUUUCCUCUGAGGACUGGCAUAGAGGUGAAAAAGAAUAACGAGAAGCUAUGCCCCCCUCUUUUUUCUCUGCAUUUCUCUUACUCUGUUCAGAAUUUCUCCAUAUGUGUUUUGCAAAGGGACAAAUUGUGGGCUAUUGAUGAGUUAAUCCAUCCAUGUAGUGUAUCAUCAAAUCUGUAUUCUGAGAUGUAGUUUGUGUAAUAUCCCACCUAUAUGUUUUAAUUUGCACUGCUCCAUGUUGCUGAGAUUUACUUUGUUUACCAGGUUCUGGGAGCAUAUUUGAGUCGCUACGACUGAGAAAACCCCUGAUCGUAGUCGUGAACGAGGAUCUAAUGGACAAUCAUCAAAGUGAGCUUGCUGAAGAACUGGCUGAAAGAAACCAUUUGUUCUGCGCUAGACCUCAGACUCUUUAUGAGACCAUUUCUGCUAUGGAUCCAAAUUCUCUUGUACCUUAUCAACCCGGUGAUGCUACACCGGUUGCUAAAUUUAUUAAUAGGUUUUUAGGCUUCGAAGAUGAAUGACUAUGAAAUGUGACAAAAUAGUUUUGGCAUCGGCAUCAACGCAGAUGGCUAUCUUUGAUCAUAGAAGAGAGAACAUUGACAUCUAUAUAACAUCGUCAUGUUGUGCACCUUCUUCAUGAUACAUUAUUUCAGACAAUUGGAAAACGGAAUUAACAUUCUUGCUCAUACACAAUGAAAAGCAGAGAAGAUAAAAGUGUAAGAAUAUCCAUAGAUGUGUGCAAAAUGAACUGUCCCACAUAUCAACAUCAACUGCUUUGACUUGGUUUUUUCUCUUUUACCAAAAUUCCUGAAAAUGGCUUUCAAGAUAAUUCCAACAAAAUAUCUGAAGGUGAGAUCUUUUUUGCAGAGGUAUGCGUUACAUUAAUCAUAUCCUCAUAAUAUAGAUAAUGCUGCAUGAGAUGAAUAUAUAUGUAUAUACAAAUAUACUUGUACCUUGGUUACCAUACUGGUUCCAAUAAACAUGGAAAACAAGGAUGUUUCAGAAGAACUAGCCGAUUGGCAGCAAGUCGAUGGAGAAGGAAAUUCCUCCGUCGUUAAAGACGACUUCUUCGCCAAGUCAUCAGUUUUUCCACCUGGAAAUCAUGAAGAUUUGCCGAUAACUAAUCAAGGCGAUGAGCAUGAGCAGCUGCAGCUGCAGCUACAGGGACCAGUCCAUACGCCACCCCCGGCAGCUAGUGGUGGUGAUGGGGUAAGGAAGUGGAUGAGACUGCAUGUGGGAGCUCUGCAAACUGGGAUUCUUUGGAUUUUUGGUAGGUUGAGGUACUGUGUUACUUGUAGAGUUGGGGUGUGGUCUUUUGCAUGGAUAGCAGGUGGAGUUGCUGCUGCCGCUGCCGCGUUGCUGCUCUCCUUGUGGCAGGGGAGACUUCUGAUGUGGUGGCAGAGGCGGUUGCGGAUAGACAGCAGCAAGAAGAGACUCAUGGCUGUCAUAGAUGAAAAGGACAAGAAAAUCAACCAACUACUACUCCAGAUUGCCCAAACGAACGAAAUGUUACUAGCACGACGGAGGGUUCCUGUUAUUCGACUGAAAUGACACGACGAGCAAAGGAAAGAUUGUUCAUAACAGCGCAUUGUCUCUGUCUUCUAGGAUAUGAUACAAAGGUGUGGCUGUCAAAAUAGUAAAUUUUGUGUUGUGUAAGGUGAUCUUAUACCCUAGUGCUGUAUCCAGUUUGAUACUUGACUAUAUUUGUAUUGAGAAAACAAUGUGUUGCUCAGUAUGCUCCAAAACAACAAUAACAGAAGCCCUAUAUAUAUAUGUUCAAA